UCAUUCUCAUUAAUGCAUGACCGGCUUAAAGUCCUGCAACAAACUCUCUCUCAAUCAAUCUCUCUCUUCUCUGCAUAAUUCUGUGGCGUAGACUUUUCUUGAUGACAAACAAGAAUUCCAUCAAUGGUUUUUACCUCGUAAAUUAAUCGAAAGUACAAGAGAGUGGUAGAGAAGAGGGGGAGAGUUUCUCGUCGCCGAUCUCUCUGAAUCUAGGGUUUAUCAACGACGACAUCAUAAAAAAGGAAUUUUUUCCAGAGUUUAUGAGUAAAAUCUUCAAUUGAUUUCAUGAAAUCGUUACAAAAUCGAAGGAAUUGGGGCUGAUCAAGAGAGUUAUGGGAGAAGAUGACUACCUUCUCAGAAGCAAUUUAUCAAACAGCUUCUCUGCGUUAACUGUAAGUGGGAGAUUCAAUCACUACAAUGCCUCCAACAAUCAACCCAACAGAAAACCAAUUAAAGAAGACGACAUUCUUCAACAAAUCGAAGAACAAGAAACAGAAAUCUUACAGUUGAGGAAACACCUAGCGGAAUACACAGUCAAAGAAGCUCAAAUUCAAAACGAGAAACAUGUUCUCGAAAAACGAAUUGCUUCAAUGCACAAAGCCUUCGAUCAGCAACAACAAGACCUUUUUGAAUCCACCUCAAAUGCCAGAUCUUACAGACAAGAAAUAACCGAAGAGAACAUACGCCUGGGAUAUGCUCUGGGAAUCGCUGAAGAAGAAAGGUCAAUAUUUAUUUCAUCUUUAGCCCCUCUUCUUUCAGAUCUUUCUCUUCACCCCCCAUCUCUUGACGCAUACUCCAUUAUUAGCAACCUAAGAAUUCUCUUCAAACAUAACAAAGAACGCCUCGCCAUAGCAGACGAAAAGCUUAGAAAUCCACAAUAUCAGCCAUUAACGUUACAUCCUCAUAGAAGAGACGAUUCUUCUUCACAUUCACCAUGGACACACACAAACACACACUCACACUCAAACUUUUCUCCAUCACAAGAACCAGUUCACAUCGAGAGACAAACCAAAGAACAACAAGAAGAAGAUGAAGAAGAAGAAGAAGAAGUAGUGAAUUCGCAUUACCUCCCAUCAAUUCUCGAAGAACCUUCUUCUUCCUCACAACUCGAAGCUGAUGAUGAUUCAGAAGACGACAAUUUCAGCGACGAAAACGAAGAACAAGACUUGAACAAACCACUUCCAACAAUCGAAGGGCUACAGAUUUUAGGCGAAUCGUUUCCCGGAAACGAAAUCCAAGCAAGUGGUUACUCAAGAAACGGGACUACUCAUUGCGGAUUCGAAUGGGUUCGCCAUUUACAAGAUGGAUCUGUAAACUACAUAGAAGGAGCAAAACAACCGACAUAUACAGUAACAGCUGAUGACGUGGACACAUAUCUUGCUGUAGAAGUUCAACCACUCGAUAACAAACAACGAAAGGGUGAACUUGUAAAAUGUUUUGCAAAUGACAAUAAAAAGAUUACGUGUCACCCCGAUAUGCUUCGUGAGAUUGAGAAAAUAUUCAAUUUAGGUCAUGCGAAUUUUAAGUUGUUGAUUUGGAAAGAGUCUAGUGACACGUGGGAAAAUGGGAUGUUGGAAAUUAAGAAGAGUGGGUAUGUGAUAAAGAUUAAUAAUGGAAGUGUUGUGGUGGAUGAAAAGUAUGCAGCAAACAUGGUUGUUAGUUUACCAGGGGAAAUGCCAUUGGAGUUUUCGAUACUUAGUAGUAGUGAUGUUGAGCAUUAUUUACGUGUGGAUGAUAAUUUGAAUGAUGUGAGUUGUUCAAGAGAUACGAUUGUGUUAACGAUGAGGUUGUUUAUAAAACGGGCUGUUGAUAGGAAGCUAGGGAAGAAAAAGAGGAGGGGUUUGUUCUUCAAGUAAGUUAUUAUUAUUAUCAUUAUUAUUUUUCUGUUGUAUAGGUAUUUUUAUAGCAUUUGUACAAUCUUUUUGGACGAAAAUCGAUUGUGAAAUGAAGUUGGUUGCAUUUUUGCCUUUUCA